AUGAAUUCAAUCGAGCAGACUGACUCGGUACUGCAGGUGGUACUACCUGAGGUGCUACCCAAACAUCUUAACCACGAGGUUUGGGUCCAUACCACAACCAUUCCAUACCGUACGCUGGACGGCGACCAUCCGACCAUCAGGCGAUUAGCAUACGAAUAUUCCAUUAAUACUUUUUUAAGAAGUCCACCGGGCCUGAUUUGUGAGAUGACUUCGGAUUGUAGAUCUUGCCAGGAAAGAGAAGACGAGAGAGGGGUCACGUUCACUGGAAGUUGUUGGAGUUUAUGCGGAAGGGAUUUUCAAGAGCCGGCUUGCCAGGACGUUAUAGAGGACAUGCGAGAAUGCUGUAGAAAGUGGAAGGAUAAAAGUUUCGUUUGCAACGGUAUGAACAUCACCCCUGCUGAGGAGAAAAAGAAAGACUAG